AUGGAUCUAGUACAGAAAGAGCACGACAGGCUGCAGAAGAGGCUGAAGGCUUCUCAGGGCGUUAAGAAUGUCCAGUCUACCAUAGAUCUACUGCAGCAGGCUCGAGAUGCCAUUGCCCAAGACCCGAACCAGGCUGCUGUCACGCUUGCGAAACUUCAGAAUCCCGUCAAAUCAUCUUUCGAGGCAAUUAACGAUAGUCUCAAAGAAACCCAUAGUGGCCUUAAUAAGUACACGAAGUCGCUCGACAAGCUCUUCAAAGACCGGCCCCUUCCUAGUACGGAACACGACGUCCUCUCUGAACAAGAACACCUCAUCGACCGUGCGAUUGCUAUGCACCUCCUCCGUGAGGGUCAAUUCUCCGUCGCAGCCACCUUCCUUUCUGAGAUUCUUGACAAGAAAGCCGUGGUCCAAACUUCCGAAUCGAGUCUCCGCUCGACAGACCAGGCCGCGAUUGUAUUUGAUAUUGACGAAGUCCCCUCCGAUGAGAUUCGCAAGCAGACCAAAAAAAACCUGCUACCGGCCAUUGAAUGGUCGCGCGAGCACCAUGAAGCCCUGGAGGCACGAGGAAGCAAUCUGGAGUUUGAGCUGUGCCGGUUGCAGUUUGUCUGGCUUUACCAUGGUGAAUCACACGAGCAUGGCAAUAAAGCAGGCAACGUCAAAGCUGCAAUGCAGUAUGCGCAAGCUGAAUUUCAGGGCUUUGCGCCGCGCUACCUACGAGAAGUUCAGCAACUGAUCGGCGCCAUGGCCUUUUGUCCUAACCUGCGAGACUCGCCGUAUGCGAGCAUCUUCAACAACCCGUCCGCCUGGGACGAUGUUGCCAACUUCUUUACCCGCGAGUUCUGCUCUCUUCUAGGCCUUUCCGCGGACUCACCCCUUUACAUUGCGGCGACCGCCGGUGCUAUCGCUUUGCCCACUCUGUUAAAGUUGCAGACUAUCAUGAAGGCCAAGCGCACCGAGUGGACUAGUGAGAACGAGCUUCCUGUUGAGAUCUCUUUACCGCCCUCCUACUUGUUCCACUCAAUCUUUGUCUGCCCGGUUUCCAAGGAACAGGCAACCGAUGAGAACCCUCCGAUGAUGAUGCCAUGUGGGCACGUCAUUGCCGAGGAGUCUCUGCGUCGGCUCAGCAAGGGCAAUCGGUUUAAGUGCCCCUACUGCCCUAACGAAAGCUCCCCCAAGGACGCCCGCAAGAAAUCACAAUGCUGUCUAAAAGACCUCCUCAUUCUCCUUCCGAUAACUUUACCAGGUACCGCGCCACCAAGGCAGUGGCCCGACCCCGCAGGAUCCGAGAUAGCUCCAGCUCCGGCUCCUCUCGGCGGUUGGAGCGUCGUCGAAGGCCCAUCAACCCCCCCUGACGCAUCGACACCAUCGCCAUCCACCUCCCCCAUCGUGACCCUCCGCGUCGGUCCAGAAAAGCGCCUCUUCGCAGCGCACGAAGCCAUCCUGAGCGCAUCACCAUUCUUCGCAACAAAAUGUCAAGCGCAAAGACGCAGUCCGCCCAUGAGGACUCAUAUCACCCAACACUCAGGCAAACCCAUUGAACUCCCAGAAGAACAACCCGAGGUCCUCUCCUGCGUCCUGGAAUUCCUCUACAAAGGCGAUUACUACCCACGUCUUCAAAGAAACUCACAGCGCCAAACCUGGGAACUAGAAGACGGCGCGGUAGACUCCGAAGGCCAGAGUGUUGGCGCGACGGUAUACCAUCAUGCCGCGAGGACAGUGAUCCUCCGGGAUACGGCAAUUUACUGCGCCGCUGAGAAAUACAACCUUCCAACCCUCCAACGCCUCGCACUUCGGAAACAGGGGUUACAUACAGGUAUCCAAUGCAACACGAUCCUGUCGAGUGCGAGAUAUGCAUACGCCAAUACACCGGAUACGGACUCCAAACUGCGGGCGCAUUACCUGGCGCUAAUCAUUCGGAGCCGGAGUACAUUCAAGCGGAGUGGGACUAUGCAAAUGGAGAUGGAGAGAGGCGGGAAACUGUUCUUUGAUUUGUUUGUUGCAAUGUGUAACCAUAUGGAUGAUGUUUUCCCGGCAGAAUUGUCAAUUUGUAGUUCUGUGGCUCAGUCGGUGCGGUAG